AUGGAAAACGAAUCUGUUGAAUCCUCACCGGAGGAUCAAUAUAUUGCAAAUAUUAAGAGUGUCGCUUCUUUAAUAGCUUCUCAAACUACCAAUUGUAAAUUCACUGCCCAAAAUGCUAAAACAUAUAAGAGUGAUUGUAUAUCUUUUGCGGGACGGUUACAAACCAUUGGUGAAAAAGUUAAAGAAUUUCUAAAUAUAAUAGAAAAAGAGGAUCCAUCGAUUAUUGGAUUGAAGUGGGAUUUAAAGGGAAUUGCUAAUGGAUUUGAAAGUGUUAAAGCCAUUAUAAUGGAUGUUCGUAUGUUCAUACAACAGCAACAACUUCCUGUGCGUCCCAAUGCUGUGCCUAAUCUCGCUGAAGAUUUUAGAAUAAAACGUUUAAUUACUGAUCUUAAUCGACGUCUUGAUAAUGCUAUCGGUUCAAUAUCUGUUGCUUUUUCGCCCAUGAAAAUUCAGAAAGAAUUAUCUAUCGAAGAACAGGAAGAAUUUUUGAAAAAAUUAAAAGAUGAUGUUGAAAGAGAGUUGAAGAUAUUAGAAGAGAAACGAAAAGAAGAUGGAAACAAAGAUCAGGCCACUCGUUGGCUAGAAAUUGCCAUUGAACAACAACACCUAAGGUUUAUUGAUUAUAACCAGAUCUUCAUUGACAAGUUUUUGAUGAAAGGAGGGUUUGGCAUUGUACAUCUUGCUUAUUGGGAUGAUACUCCUGUUGUAUUAAAACAAUUAUUUGACCAAAAGGAUUUCGUUGAUGAAAUCAGGCUACAUAAGCGCGUUCACGAUGGUGAUUAUAUAGUAAAAUUUCAUGGUAUAACGAGGGAUACUGAUGGUAAUUUGGGAAUGAUUAUGAAAUAUGCAGCAAAUGGUAACCUUCGAGAUUAUCUUAAACAUCAUAGUACAUCUUUAUCAUGGUAUCAGCGAGUUCUAUUGGCUAAACAAAUUGCAAUUGGAUUAUCUUUUAUUCAUCGUGAAAAAAUAUAUCAUAGAGACUUUCAUAGUGGUAACAUUCUUGUCGAUGAAAAUGGUGGUCCCAUGAUCACUGACUUUGGUCUAUCACGUGUCUCUGAUCGUGAUAAACGCGCAUCUAUAUCCGAAAAAACUUUUGGUUUAGUAGCAUACACUGCUCCCGAGAGACUCAAAAAUUCGAAAUAUCCAUUUGAUGAUAAAUGUGAUAUAUAUUCGUUAGGUGUAAUAUUUUGGGAAAUUUCCACAUGUCGUAUGCCAUUUCAUGGUCAAAAUGACUCAAAUUUGGCGUUUAAAAUUAUGCUUAACGAACGGGAAACAUUUCCUCCUGAUACACCAAAAAAGUAUGUUGAUUUGGUUAAGAGUUGUUGGCAUGAGGAUCCUUCAAAAAGACCAACAAUGACAAUAAUAAAACAGUCUCUUAAUGAGAUUUUAGUAAAUUUGUCUAAAGAAAUUACUCCCAAAGAAAAUACAAAGUUGGUGAUAAAUGAAGUUGAAAUUGAUGUACCAUCAUCUGACACCUCAAAUAUAAAUUCUGAUUAUCAUACAGCUCCUACUUCUACUUAUGAUAGUCAAUUCCAAACGCCUUAG